AUACAGGACAGACUCCAUCUUCACUGCACUCUUCCCGCGGUGGAUUACCUCUCCAGACGGACGAUAUGGAGCCUUUUUCAUCACAUCUGAUAGUGCAGAAAGGAAACUAUCCGUGAUUUAGCCAAUGAUGCCUGUCAAGUAUUUGGUCCUCGACCCGUUGACCCCCGCAUUCCGGGCCUCAUCGGCACCGGACCGUUGCAUUCAAGAUCGGGGUCAAGCGACAAGCCAAGGGAAGCCAAUGCGCAUUGUUAUCAAACAAAGAGUGUCGUGCGUCCAAGUCUCGAGAUAAGGAAACAAGAAGGAUAUUAAGAAAACAAUCGACAGUAGUUGUAUAAUCGAGAUGCAGUUUCAUCAAGAUCGACAUAUGACGAUAGCCUGCCUGCGACACCUUCAUUGAACGAAUCCAACAGAAAAGGGGGGAACCAUCCGGAAGCACAGCAAGCCUGAAUUCGCCAAUGAAGAGAUGACAGGAUAUUCCGGACCAAUUCUGGACCAAUGAGUGGUGGUGGGUGAGGUCUGGAAAGAGAUUCUGCAUGUACCGGGUAGCAUGCGGCACUCGCUGAUAAGGUGAGGUCGACGGCGUUCCCCGCACUUGUCUUGGGUGUGUCUCUGCCGCUAAGCGCAGGAGCAAGACCGGAAAGGAGCACCUUGAUGGGUUGGGUAAGAUGAGAUGAAUGAAAGAAAUACGUCUGGCGAUAUCCAGCAUAAAAAGAAAUCGCAGAAAUGGCGGAUAUACGCUCUCAAAAGAGGGACGAAGAGAAACAAGUUUUGAACAGAUCGUGACAUGCUCGCCGGUGCCGGAUCGGCUCGCAAAAGCAGUGUCUCUGAUGCUGCCCGCUUGCUGCUGCAGGAAACAUGGGAGGGGUGGGUGCAGCGCUACGGCAUGCCGAAUUUGGGGGGUAGCAGCGCAUCGUCCAGGGCUGGAAAAGGUAUGAGAUGAGAGGUCUGGCCUGACUGACCUCCCCCUCAAUACCAAGUUUUUGCCACCGCGUGUAAGUGAAUACGUGAAAACUCUGAAGCCCUGCUGUUUUUUGACCCAGACUAAAGGAGACGGAAUAAACACUUGGGAGCCAUUAACCCACAAGAUAUGCACACUGAACAACAACAACACCAACCCAUCAUGGGCGACCCCGAGAUGGAACAGACAUAUGAGACAACAUCUCUCCUCACCACACAACAGAAGCCAGGAUAUGUGACAUUUCCAGAAUCCCACCAUGAAGACUCAUGGCGGCCUUCCGCGGGCUUCUGGUGGAUCGAGACAGCUCUAUGGGCAAAUGUCUUUCUCUCUGGCUUCGAUGGGACUAUCACCGCCUCAACAUAUGCCGCCAUCAGCUCCGACUUCGGUGCAGCCAACAAUGCCGCCUGGCUAACGACUUCGUACCUCAUCACCAGUACAGCCUUCCAGCCUCUCUACGGCCGCUUCUCUGAUAUGUUUGGGCGGCGAAUCUGCUUCUUCAUCUCCACCCUGACCUUCAUGAUUGGGUGUUUUGGCUGUUCCAUGGCGCAGACAAUCUUGACACUAGAUAUCAUGAGGGCUGUGACAGGCUUUGGCGGCGGUGGGCUGAUCACAAUGGCAACUGUCAUCAACUCCGAUAUGAUCCCCUUCAAGCAGCGCGGCAUGUACCAGGCCAUGCAAAAUAUCCUCGUUGGUUUUGGCGCAGUCUUGGGCGCUUCGCUCGGAGGCUCGAUCACUCAAGCCAUUGGCUGGAGAUGGUGCUUUUUGCUGCAGGUUCCAGUCUCUUUCUUCGCCCUCGUGGUGGGUUAUUUCGUGUUGGAGAAUCCUGCCUGCAUGGUUCCUCAACUAAUCCCUCUCUCCACCACACAACGUGUUCGCUCGGCAAUCAAAAGGCUGGAUUUGUCGGGCUCGCUGUUUCUCGUUGGUGGACUGCUCCUCCAGCUUCUGGGCUUGACGCUUGGCGGCAACGAGUACCCAUGGGCUAGCUUUCCGGUGAUCUCUUCGCUGGUCGGAAGUACCGUACUAUUGUUCCUAUUCGUGGAAGUCGAAGCCAACACCAAGGCCAUCCCCAUGAUCCCACUUCGCAUGUUGAAAAGCUGGCAGCCGAUCGCGGUUCAACUGACCAACAUAUUCUCCGGCAUGGCCUCGUAUGCUUACAUGUUUAUGGUCCCAUUGUAUUUCCAGGCUGUUCGUGGUGAUUCUCCAUCGGCGGCCGGUCUCCGGCUUAUGAUCCCGGCACUCGCGACCCCAGUUGGAGGUGUUGUUGCCGGAUGGUCGAUGCAGCGCGGUAUUAAGCUCUCGUACAACGUUCGGCUGGGCACGGCCAUGAUGCUCAUCGGGAAUCUUCUUGCGCUGUCGAUGGGCACGACGGGGGCUCGGUGGAAGGAGUUCUUCUACUUGAUACCUGCUAAUCUAGGUCUUGGUCUGACCAACCCCAGCGUUCUGUUUAGCUUCAUCUCUUUCUGGGAGCACAGAGAACAAGCUGUUGCCACCUCUACGGUGUAUCUGAUUCGGUCCAUGGGGACCAUUUAUGGCGUGACUGUCACGGCUGCCAUCGUCCAGAACAUGUUGUUGGCGGGCCUUCCCGCCGCUCUUGGUGACAACGUCAGUGAAGAGCUGGUUGAGAGGCUGCGCAAGUCGCUGUUCGCUAUUGGGGAGCUGUCCCCCACCCAACAACUGGCCGUUAGGGCAUUGUACUGUGACGCCCUGAGAAUAGCCUUUGCGGCUUCGAGCGGCUUCGCGUUGCUCGCAUUUGCCUUUUCGUGGGCGCAUAGAACGGGAUCGAUGCAGAAAAAGGCGUAAUGGCGAUCCGUGUCGGUUUUGGGCGUUGACGGCGUUUGGGUGAAGUCUUGGCUGCUCGAUUGGUGGUGGUCAUGCCGGCGUGUACAUACUUACAUCAAAAGAUAGAACAAAUAGAAAAGAUGGUAUCGACCAAGGAAGAGUGUGAGGCAACGCCACUACCCUCCAUGAUUGCGGCA